AUACACCACGUACGAGCUCACUUCGACUACGACCCCGAGGAGGAUCCGUACAUACCGUGCCGCGAGUUGGGCGUGGGCUUCCAAAAGGGCGACGUGCUGCACGUGAUCUCGCAGGAGGAUCCCAAUUGGUGGCAGGCUUAUCGCGAGGGCGAGGAGGACCAAGCGCUUGCCGGCUUGAUUCCAAGCAGAGCGUUUCAGAUGCAGCGUGAGACGAUGAAACAGACAAUAGCUGGUGACAAAUCGACGGUACGAGGAGCGAAAAAAUCCAGCACCCUUUUAUGUGCCAGAAAAAAUCCAAAGAAAAAGAAGAGGAGCAAGUUUGGUAAUUUCAACGACGAUGGCUAUCCCCUUUACUCCACCACCUUUAUCGAAGACGACAGCGACGAGAUACUGACCUACGAAGAAGUGGCCUUAUACUACCCCAGAGCUAAUCACAAAAGGCCCAUCGUGCUUAUCGGUCCGCCCAAUAUCGGCAGGCACGAGCUGAGGCAGCGACUGAUGGAGGAUAGCGAAAAAUUCGCGGCUGCGAUUCCUCACACGAGUAGGCCACGCAAAGAGUCGGAGGUCGACGGCCAGGACUACCACUUCAUUUCGCGGCAGCAGUUCGAGUCGGACAUCCUCUGCCGGAAGUUCGUCGAGCACGGCGAGUACGAGAAAGCUUACUACGGCACGUCGAUCGAGGCGAUCCGAAGCGUCGUCAAUUCCGGCAAGAUAUGCGUCCUGAACCUUCAUCCCCAGUCCCUCAAGAUCCUGCGCAACAGCGACCUCAAGCCGUACGUGGUGUUCGUGGCGCCGCCUAGUCUCGAAAAACUCCGGCAAAAGCGCAUCAAGAGCAACGAGCAGUACAAGGAGGAGGAGCUGAAGGACAUCAUCGAGAAGGCCCGCGAGAUGGAGGACAAGUACGGCCACCUGUUCGACAUGAUUAUCAUCAACAACGACGUUGAUCGGGCGUACAACCAGCUACUCACCGAGAUCAACUCCCUCGAAAGAGAGCCCCAGUGGGUGCCCGCUUCUUGGGUGCAAUAACAACAGCAGCGGCAGUCGCUGCAACAACGACGGCUCGCUUUCGCUUUGUCGUCGACCGCGUA